CCCUACGUAUUUCAAUAACUAUCCAAACUUGGUUUAGCAGUCCCUGUCACAUACAUACUAUGUAUUUACACUACACGCAAUAGGUUGACAACGCUGCCUCGGUGGAUAUUGUAACAGCCAUGGGUGGCUUAGUUGUGUAUCCCUCAACAAUCCAACAGACUCGGCGGACGCGCUUUGUCUGCAUAUCAGACACACACAACUGUACGGUGAAACUUCCAAAGGGCGAUGUGCUGAUCCACUGCGGAGACUUGACGAACCAGGGGAGUUUCGGUGAGCUGUCAAAGCAGAUCGCCUGGCUCGAGAGCGCCGACUUUGAGUGCAAGUUAGUCAUUGCUGGGAACCAUGACCUCACUCUUGAUACCGACUUCUACGAACAAUAUGGGAACUAUUUCCACAAUAAUAAUCCCCAAAACCCUAUCGACUGCCAGACCUUACUCACACAGUCCAAGUCCCUCAUAUACCUCCAGCACUCCAGUCGCACGAUCCAACUUACGUCUCCAUCUGGUCCUCGGACCACCUUCUCCAUAUUCGGGUCACCUUAUGUCCCCGCUUGCGGCAACUGGGCCUUCCAGUACUCCCAUUCCGACGCUGUGGCUGAAAAUAGAUGGAAGGAUAUACCCCUCAAUACCGACGUCUUAGUCACCCAUGGGCCUGCUCAUACGCACCGGGACGAAUCCCGUGGCAGGGUAGCGAUAGGGUGCGAGGGCUUGCGACAAGCAAUGUGGAGGGUACGGCCUCGCCUCGCGAUCUGCGGACACGUUCACGAAGGGCGAGGCGUCGAGCGCGUAUAUUGGGACCUCCGUAACAAAUUCGUACGAUACAAAGAGAUGCCAAACACUUAUCAAUGGAAUGAUCCAGGCGUAGGAAAUCAAAAGAACAGCUUGGUCGAUCUUACAGCCAAGGGUGGAAUGCCCUUGAAUAACGACGGCAGUAACGUGUCAUCAUCGUCAUCAUCAUCGCCACCAGGUCCAGGUGUGCGAAUGACCGAUGGAUCCGCCACAACUACGGCGGCAGGGGCCACCAUGGAGUCCGUGACGGAGGGUGCGGAACCGGGCAUUGGCAUCCGGGGUCUUAGCGGGGAUCCGACAUCAGCACGGAGUGAUCAGGUAGCACUCUCCGAGAGGCUCGGUCGCAAGGAGACGUGUAUUGUGAAUUGUGCCAUCCAGGCAACAAGCUAUCCGCAUUCAGGGCCACGAAGGUUGCACAAACCCAUAGUGGUUGACAUCGACUUGCCUGUGUGGGUUGAUGAUUCAUAAUGAUCUAGGCAUUCCGGAGUUGUCGGGCGUCCACUGAGGCUGUGCUUCGCUCGCCCCAUAUUCCACAUACGAAUCUCGCGUAUGGCGGGGACUUCAAAUCCCAGGUCAAAUCGGCAGUUUACAGAUUUAUUCUUUAGUUUAUUGUGAUGGCGCAACCCUUGGACUCUCCUAGAUACGAAC